UCUUUUCAUAUUGACAGGUUAAAAGUAAGAAGGGAUGCAUCAGGCAGCACUGUUGUCAAGAGGUGAGCAAAGGGCUGCUCUUGAGGAUUUCAUGCAGACAGAACUCCUCAGUGAAAACCAACGGGACCUCUAUCAAUUUGCAUUGGAUGCUGACAUCAUCAUUCACCCUGUUGGAUUCAGAUUGAUCUUGGGACUACUUGCACUGGAUGUGAAACCAGAAGAUAUCUGUCAUGUACUGGAGGAUGUCCUGUGUCCUGCUACCUCCACUCUGUUGUGAGUGCUGAACAUCCCAUUUCUGACUACCCCUUCAACCUCUCAAUGCAAGAUCAGAUUGAACCCUCACCUUCAGAUGAACAUCAUGACAAAGAGAGAACUUCACACUGGUAUGAGUGCUUGCUGCAUGGUGACAGGGCACUCCCUCCUGAGGCAACACGAUGGGAGCGUCUGUGUUACAACUUACUCUGCUCACCUGGAAUCAAUCUGGGUCGUGUGUAUACCCUUUUCUUGGCCUGUCCACUAGUUUGGUUGGCUGCAUAUGGUCUUGCUGGUCAUGAGAUGCUUCUCAAUGGGAAUCUCUUCAAGCUUUACAUCCUGUUCUUCACUUGUCUCCUUGCUGGUUGGCUCACAGAGUUUACCAGUCUUCCAGGACUCCUUGGAAUGUUAGUUGCUGGUGUGAUCUUGGGUAACCUGGAGCGUCACAGUGGCUGGAUGAAACACCCACUCCAGCAGGACUGGUCUGGGAAAACUCGUAGCCUUGCCUUGAUCGUUAUUCUCAUCCGUGCUGGGCUUGGACUGAAUCCUGAGCAUCUGCAGCGUUUGAGCCUGCUCGUGAUUCGAUUAGCAUUUGUUCCUUGCACCAUUGAGGCAAUCUCAGUUGCUUGUUUGUCGAAUCUCAUUCUUGGUCUCCCUUGGACAUGGGCUUUCAUGCUAGGCUUUGUAUUGGCUGCUGUCUCUCCUGCUGUUGUUGUUCCCUGCAUGCUUACCAUACAAAAACAGGGCUAUGGUGUCAACAAGGGUAUCCCAACACUGCUUCUUGCAGCAGCAUCCCUAGAUGAUGUUUUUGCCAUCUCUGCUUUUGUGGUCUUCCUUGGUAUCACCUUCUCUCAAGGUUCUAUUAUCAAAAAGAUCUUCAUGCCCUUUGUAGAAGUCUUUGUUGGACUUCUCUAUGGCAUUAUCCUUGGUUUAAUUUUCUGGUACAUCCCAAAUCACAAAAACAAGUUUGCCUUAGCAGAGAUUCGUUCUACAUUGUUGAUGAUUGGUGGCAUUUCAUCAUAUUUUGGAAGCAUCUUAAUUGAGAUGCAUGCAGCUGGUGCUUUGGGAGUACUAGCAUUAGCAUUUGUAGCUAGCAUUGGGUGGCGACGGCAGGGCUACUAUGAUGACAAUCCAGUCUCACUCAUCUUCAGCUACUUUUGGUUCAUCUUCCAACCUCUCCUCUUUGGUCUCAUUGGGACCGAGAUUGACUUCAGUCAAGUCAAACUUGCCACUGUUGGCUAUGGCCUUAUAGUCCUCUUUAGUGGUCUCUUUUUCCGGUGUUGUGGUGCUUUUCUUGCUGUUUCAGGUGGUUACUUCAAUCUAAAAGAAAAGGUGUUCACAGCAAUUGCAUGGCUGCCCAAGGCCACAGUGCAAGCUGCUAUUGGCCCCACUGCUCUUGACAUUUCUGAGGCCAUGCACGAUCAAGAUCCCCAGCACAUUGAAUGGGGUCGUGAUAUCCUCACAAUUGCUGUUAUGGCCAUCCUGAUUGCAGCUCCUCUUGGGGGGAUUUUCAUUGGAUGCUGUACCUCCAAAUUACUUGAGAAGUCUGAAGACAUACCAGCAGCAGAGACUCUCAAGACUACAUCUCACUCAUUGGAUGAUGCUUCUCAUAUCUUAGACAGGUCCCCAUCAGCACCUCCCAUUCAUCCAUCUGACACAGCUAUCACUAUCCUUGAUCAGUCUUGAAAUGAAGAUGAUGUGGGAGGAUGAAGGUCAUUGUCACAGUUAUGCUUUUAUAAUAAAGAAUUUCUCUUCA